GGUACAAAAGAUACAAAAAAUAUGGAUAACGUAACGUAUAUUUCGGAGAAAUUGGAAACGUGGAAUAGAGAGCUAGCAGAAAGUUUAAUCCUGAAUAACGUGAUUUUGUCUCUAUAUAUAAUAGUAGGGCUCCUGGGAAAUUCUACAGUUAUCAUUAUCUACGGUUUUAUAAUGAAAGGCGACAAAGAAGAGAGGUAUUUUAUUCCGUUCCUUUCAGCUGUGGAUCUUUGUGCUUGUCUUGUUUGCGCUUCUUUCGGAAUUGCUCUCAACAUGUUGCAGGCGACGUUUGACAACAUUUUUGCAUGUAAAGCUCUGCAAUUUCUUGUACCGUUUUUCACUUUUAGUUCAGUGUUAUUUCUUUUGAUAAUUGCUGUACACAGAUAUCGCAAGGUCUGCAAACCGUUUGGGAAACAAAUGACAUUAAAGUGGAAACAAUUUGCAAUGUGCUUGAGUAUGAUAACAGCACUGAUAUUAUCUUUACCUAUGAUUUAUUUUUAUGGACUAGUGCCCUUUCCAAAUAUGGAAGAAGGAAUUGAUGGAUUACGAUGCAGCAGGUCAAAGACUGCCAAUAAAACAUUCUCCUUAAUUUUUGGAGGCUUCCUAGUUAUUGCGACAAUCAUAAUAAUUCUCUCACUAGUUACUCUGUAUUCCAAAAUAGGGUAUAUUAUUCUUAUACAUUUCAGAAAUACCAAGACUAUUAACAAAAAUAAAAGUCGUUUAGAGGCAGAAAAUUCGGCCAACGUCGAUCAGUUUCAGAGAAGAAUUUCUAGUCACAAAGACCCACUAAGUGAAGAAGAAAAUAAAAAUUAUUCCAUUCAGACCGACACUACAGAUUUAUCCGGUUGCUAUGUUAUGGAAACAGACAACACGAGAUUAUCCGGUGCCUAUUCUUCUCAAACAUCAUCAAAGACAACAAAGAAAGGUUCUGAUCAAAGACCGACACUUGAAGGAAACGUCAAUUAUAAUAAGACAAAAGUAAGACGACGAAAGCAAAAACACAACCGGACAGUUGUGCACAAAUUUACCCUGAUGUUUAUGCUAAUUACCGUCAUAUUCCUUAUCUGUUAUAUUCCAAAGGUUAUUAUUAUCAUGCUUGAAGCUAGAAAUCCAAAAUUCUGGGAGGAACUCUCAGAUUCUGCAAGAGCUGGCGUUUUGUUUGUGUACCGAAUGUAUAUUAUAAAUAAUAUCACAAAUCCAUUCAUUUAUGCAUUCCUAGACAACAAGUUCGCGAAAGAAGUCAAGAAAUUGUUUAAAAUUUGUAGGUAA